AUGUUAAGCGCUGAAACAAAUAUUUUAAUAAUCAUAUUAUGUUGUUUUCUAGGAUUGAUUUGGGCCAUAAUAAAUGCCAUCCAAAUAUCUCGCGUAAAGCUUAUUCCAACAGUAAGUCAGAAUCGUGACGCAUACAAUAGUUAUGAAGAAGAUGAUCAAACAAUAAACCAAAAUAUAUACAAAAUACUCGAAAUAGCGAGACAUAUAGAAUAAGGAUCAUCUACAUUUUUAACCGAAGAGUACAAAUAUAUCUCAAUAUUUUGUAUAUUGAUGGCUUUUGUAAUAUUUUUUACAGUAGAAGAAAAACUAGGAUAUUUAUGGACCACUGUAUCAUUCUUAUUAGGCUCAGUAACAUCUAUUUUAAGCGGUUAUAUAGGAAUGAGGGUUGCUACUUUUUCAAAUUAUAGAACAGCCUUUUAAGCUUAAAAUAAAAUGAGUUUGGCUUUUUCUGUUGCCUACAGAGCAGGAGUUGUUAUGGGAUUUACUUUAUCAAGUUUAGGUUUGCUUAUUUUGACUAUCUUAAUUGCUAUCUAUACUAAUAUGUACGUAAAAGAUGAUUAUAAAUAAUAUGCUGGAAUGUACGAUUCUAUUGCAGGAUAUGGUCUAGGAGCUUCCACUAUAGCUCUCUUUGGAAGAGUAGGAGGCGGUAUAUUUACUAAAGCGGCAGAUGUAGGAGCUGACUUGGUAGGUAAAUUAGAAAGAAACCUGGCUGAGGAUUCACCUAAUAAUCCUGCAACAAUAGCUGAUAAUGUAGGAGAUAAUGUAGGAGAUAUUGCAGGCAUGGGAAGUGAUUUAUUUGGUUCGUUUGCUGAAGCAACUUCUGCAGCUCUUGUAGUCGCAUCUUAAUCCCCAGCUUUUUAUUACUAACCCUAGUGUUUAUAUUAUCCUUUAUUGAUUUCUGCUUUUGGAAUAAUUGCUUGCUUAAUAACUACUAUAUUCGCUCAUAGUAAAAAUAAUGAAUCUCUAUCUGCGGUUUCUAGAACACUCCUUUCGUAACUUUUAAUUUCGACUCUAAUCACGACUCCCUUUUUGUGGUUAGCCGGAUAUAUUUCUCUCCCUGAAAGAAUAUAUGGCCUUAAUUAUGAAAAUUUUGAUAGAUCGCCCGUACAUGCUUUUAUUUGUGCAGCUUCUGGACUUUGGUCAGGCUUAUUUAUUGGACUUAUUACUGGUUAUUACACUUCUUAUUCGUACUAACCUGUUAGGGAAGUCGCUUAAGCAUGUGAAACCGGAGCUGCCACAAAUAUAAUUUAUGGUCUAGCGUUAGGAAACUGGUCUACUUUUGCACCUGUAGUUAUUCUUGGAAUUACUUCUUUUAUUUGUCAUAGUCUUCUUGGAAUGUUCGGAUUAGCAUUAGGAGCUUUAGGCAUGCUCUCUACUAUGUCUAUUGGUCUGGCUAUUGAUGCAUAUGGCCCUGUAAGUGAUAAUGCUGGAGGAAUCGCCGAAAUGUGCGGAUUGGGAGAAGCCGUUAGAACCAGAACUGAUGCUUUAGACGCUGCUGGUAAUACUACUGCUGCAAUUGGAAAAGGAUUUGCUAUUGGAUCUGCGGCUUUGGUUUCUUUAUCUUUAUAUGGAGCUUUUGUCUCAAGGGCCUCCGAUGUAGCUAAUUCACAUCCUAUAGACGGAGUUGAUUUGACUACUCCUUUGAUUUUUUCUGGAGUUAUUAUUGGGGCAAUGCUUCCUUAUGCAUUUUCAGCUCUUACAAUGAAAGCUGUUGGUAAAGCAGCAUUAUAAAUGGUAAAAGAAGUGAGAAGGUAAUUAUAAAGUAACCCUUUGAUUUUAACUGGUUAAGCUUAACCUGAUCAUGCUUCAUGUAUUAGAAUUGCUACUGAAGCUUCAAUUAAUUAAAUGUUUGCUCCUGCUUUUAUUGCAAUAGGAAUUCCUUUCCUUAUGGGUUUGCUCUUAGGACCUAAUGCUGUGGCAGGUCUCCUGCCUGGAAUUCUUGUUUCGGGAGUGUCUAUGGCUAUUUCGAGUGCUAAUUCUGGAGGUGCUUGGGAUAAUGCUAAGAAAUAUAUUGAAAGUGGAUAGUUUAUGAAUAGUUAGGGAGAAAUUAAAAAGAAAGGUUCUUAAGAACAUUUUGCUGCUGUUAUUGGAGAUACUGUUGGAGAUCCACUUAAAGAUACUUCUGGCCCUUCUUUGAAUAUUUUAGUUAAACUUUCAGCAAUUUUUUCUCUUGUUUUUGUGAAAUUUUUUGAUAGUACAGCUUUACUUUAAUGCAGUGUUUCACCUACUUCACAUGGAUGCUGA